GGGUGCCACGCGAGAACCCGCACGUUGUCGCUCUUCGCGCGCGUGUGCCCUCGCACCGCAAACACACGGGACACACUCGGGAACGAACUCGGCGAAAGUGCGUCGGUAAGUUUCCUCACUUGGUUGCCUGUCGCCAUAGCGUCGUUCUCGACCGAGAUCUGCGCGACGUUUGCUUCGAAUCGCCCGUUCGCGACAAGCCGAGAAAGAAACAAAAAAAGAAAGUAAGAGUGCCCAUUGGCGAAUUGUGUUCAUUUAGAAACCUCGACGACGGUCGUUCUCGCGUGGAGAAGUAAAGGCGAUAAAUCGGAGCAUGAAGACCGAUGGCAACGCGCAGUUCGAUCAUUAUCAAUUACUCGCCGGCGCACGGGACGAUCGACGCUCAACGACGACUACACAGCGGCAACGAGGUUAACGUAACCUCUCUCGUGCGCGCUUUCUCUUUCUCUCGCACACACUAUAACCGAAGUGUCGCAUUAGACGACGACUAGUGUCACUUGUCGUUUUAAAUGGAGGAACGCGGCGAACUUGUCGGCAACGCAGCUCCUCCCCGCAGUCGUCGUCGUCGUCACCGCUCGAUAUCCUCCGCGUGAAACUCGUGUCGGACGCGCUCUAGAGAAAGAGAGGAGGAAGAGAGAGAGAGAGAGAUGAUAUAGAACGAAUGAAAAAUCCGAUAACAGCGGAUCGUUUUCUACCCGGGAGGGAAUAUCGCGCGUCGUCGUCGACGUCCUCGUCAGCGGCAGUGCAAGGGAAAGGGUCACCCGAACCCGCGAAUCGAACACGAGGCAGGCGCGCGCGUACUCUUUCAAAGACGAUCGCGCGAUUCGAAUACGCCAUUUUGCGCGCCCGGCGAUCAUCAUCCGCGGCCGGAGUGUUCGUCGAGCUGCAUACGUGCGAAAGAGCACUCCGACGCAUCGUCUUCAACGUCCUCGGGCGUAGUUGGAUGCUCCUGGCAGCCGACGACGUUCUCUCUCCUCCUCCCCCGCGCUCUCGCUUCGCCUCGAGACGUCCGUAAUUCGCGCGGCACGAUCUCGGGCGGUGCGCGCAACCGGAGGGAGAUAGAUACAUAGAUAGAUCGUCUUCGACGUGAUCUGCCGUUGACGUGACCUAGCCCAACGUAACUUUCGCGUCGCGGCACACCGGUGCUCCUCCGGCGAGGUUAUCGCGCGUGUGUCAGUGUGUGUGCUCGAACGCAGCCCUUCCACCCGCCCAGCCUGCGACCUUCCGGACCCCGCGAACAUCGGAUGGGCCCGUGGACUCGACUGCGUUGACUGAUACUCCUGCCGCGGCUGUGGUGGAACGGUUCGAGGAGCGACAUCGAAGAUGCAGUAAGAGGGCCGACUCGGACAGGAGUCACGACAUUCGGAGAUCGACGCGCGCCUGUAACCGCCCGGCGACCAUCACGAUGCCAGGAACGUGCUUGAUGACCGAUGCGGUCAGGGCCGCGGAUAGUUAGUGAUGAGGAGGAGCGAGUUAUCGGCGUGCCGACGGCCCGGGUCACCAGUAACAUGCCAGUCCUUGGUGCCAGCAGCGCCGAGCCGACUCCACUUCGAGGACUUCUCGUCGCCGCCGCUGCCUUCGUCCUGCUCUCCUUGCCGCGUGUCUGCCGCAGCACGGAUCCAGGACAAUGCACCGCGGCGUUGGGUAUGGAGAGCGGAGAAAUUCCCGAUGAAGACAUCACGGCGAGUUCUAUGUACGAUCCCAGCCUCGGACCGAAACAUGCCAGGCUGCGGCAGGACAAGGCCGGCGGCGCCUGGUGUCCGCGUAACAUGGUCACCAAGGAGGGCAAGGAGUACCUCGAGGUGAACCUGCACAGUCCGCGGCUGCUGACAUCGACCAGGACGCAGGGCAGAUUCGGCAACGGCAACGGGGUCGAGUACACCGAGGAUUACUUUAUCGAGUAUUGGCGGCCGGGGUUCAACAAGUGGGUGCGAUGGAAGAAUCGACGUGGCAAGGAGCUGCUGGCGGGCAAUAACAACGCGUACACAGAGAAGGAGCAAAUCUUCGACCCGGCCAUAAUCGCGACCAAGAUCCGCUUCAUCCCCUACACCUCUCACAUGCGCAUAGUCUGCAUGCGCGUGGAGCUCUACGGCUGCCUGUGGACAGAGGGUCUCGUCUCGUAUUCCAUGCCCCAAGGAAUCAAGAGGGGCUCCGAGGUUGACCUUUCCGACAGAACGUACGACGGCCGGGAGGAAGGAGGUUACCUCUCCGGGGGACUUGGUCAACUCGUCGACGGGCAAAAGGGUCCCGACAACUUCAGAUUGGACGUCAGCGGCAACGGCAAGGGAUACGAAUGGGUCGGCUGGCGGAACGACACGCCCAACAUGCUCGGACGUCCGGUGGAAAUAACUUUCGAGUUCGACUACUCGAGGAACUUCACUGCCAUACACCUACACAUGAACAAUUACUUCACGAAGGACGUGCAGGUUUUCUCGUACGCGAAGGUGUACCUCGGCAUGGGCGGCAAUCAGUUCAUCGGCGAGCCCGUCCACUUCUCCUACAUACCCGACCAGGUGCUCGAGCAGGCGCGCGAGGUCACCAUUAAGCUGCACUCGCGCGCCGGCCGGUUCCUCAAGCUGCAGCUCUACUUCGCGGCCCGCUGGAUCAUGCUCAGCGAAGUGAUCUUCGAAUCGGUUAUCUCCGAAUGGAACAAUACCGAGGACGAGGAGGCGAAGAACAAGAGUGCCAUUGUACUCGCGACCGGCAGCCCCUAUCAGAAUAACGAGGGUCCACUGCAGAGGGACGAAGUGAAGGCCACUUUUAAUAAGGAGGAGAGCAAAGAUAACGCCUUUCCAGAUAAGAGCAAGGAGCCGGAAUCGAGGCAGUUCGUCGGUCUAGUGAUCGGCAUCCUGACGACCGUGAUCGUCAUGCUGCUCGCAGCGAUCACAUUCAUCUUCUACAGGAACCGCAGGCUCAAGGCCGCGCUCGCGCCGUCGACCUUCUACGAUCAGCAAGGCGAUCAUCUCAAGGUCUCCGUGCAGGAGGAGGGCGAGGACAAGGGACCAAUUUGCCCCCCGCUGCCGGUGCAGUACCAUCCGGCCGCCUACACCACGACGACGCCGCAGUUGCACAAAACCGUCACGGAUUACGCCGGGAUCGGCGAGGUGCAGCCGGUUAUUCCGCUCCUGCUCAACUCGGCGAUCAAUCUCGCCCGGCCAAUUCCGGCGGUCCAAGAAUACCCGUCUAACCCGCCGCCCAUACCACCGCCGCCGGAGAAGUAUUACACCAAUACCGAGAUCUGUAAGAGUCCUUUACCGCCGCUGCCGCCGUCACCGACGCCGAGCACACCGCCCCCGAUGAGCGCGAAAGCCUCCAGCAGUAUGACUAGCUACAGUCCGGAGGAUAUGCUGACGGAGGAGGAGGAGGAGAUACCCGAGUGUAUCCUCGACUUCCCGCGGGAGAAGCUCAACAUCGCUGAAAAUCUCGGCUGCGGAUAUUUCGGCGAUGUUCACCUCUGCGAGGUCGACAGGUUUCCCGGAUACGACGAGGUCUUCAAGAAUACCUCCAGCGACCUGGUGGUUGUUAAAUCCUUACGACCGGGAUCCUCCGAUGCUCUUAGGAUAGAAUUUCAACAGGAGGCGAAGAGGCUGGUACGACUCGCCGAUCGAAACGUCGCGCGGCUACUCGGUGCCAGCCUCGAGGACGACCCCAUGUGCAUCGUAUUGGAAAACGGCGAGUACGGGGAUUUGAAUCAAUACCUGCAGAGCCACAUCGCCGAGACGUCGGGCAUGCACACGGCCAAGACCCUCAGUUUCGGCACAUUGGUUUACAUGGCCACGCAAAUAGCAUCCGGCAUGAAGUAUCUUGAGGAAAUGGACUUCGUGCAUCGGGACCUCGCCACAAGAAAUUGCAUAGUGAGCCGCGGAUGCACCGCCAAGAUAUCCGAUUUGGGCAGCGGACGGAGUGCAUACGCGGCGGAUUACUUCCGCGUCGAGGGGCGCCCGCCGUUACCGAUCCGAUGGAUGGCGUGGGAAUCAAUGCUAAUGGGAAGGUACACGAGUAAGGGCGACGUGUGGGCGUUCGCCGUGACCCUAUGGGAGAUCCUGACGUUCGCGCGGGAGCAGCCCUUCGAGGAAUUUCCGGAUCAUCGAAUAGUCGAGAACGCGACUUACUUUUACGAGGAGGAUAAGCGGAGGAUGAUACUGCCGCUGCCAAAGAACUGUCCGAAGGAGAUCUACGACCUGAUGCACGAGUGCUGGCAGAGGAACGACGUCGACCGGCCGACAUUCCGCGAGAUCCACAUGUUCCUGCAGCGUAAGAACCUCGGCUACAAGCCCGGUGAGUCGAACGAUACCUGAUACAGAGAACUGGAAGGCUGGAACCUGAUCCGGCUUUCUAUGAUCGGCGAGCUCAACGGCAAUUGGUGGAACUGCCCCUCAUCGACCAAGCUAGAUCAAGUCAGACCAAGUUAGUAUCUAGGUGACGAUCCGUAAAUCGGCACGAUCGAGCGAACCAACCGAAAUCAUCGCCGUCGUCGUCGCCCUCGUUCGUCGAUGGUUCGCGCGCCCUCGCGUUACACGCGCUACGUGUCGAUGACGACCUACGUAUCACGCUAACGUUGCGGGGAGAGUACGUCGUCGUCGGGACCGACGGGUCACAGAAAUGUCGAGCCCGAUUUCGCGCGGUGACGACGUUCUCCUCACGGUUUUUUCAUAUGACACGUCGACCGUGGAGUCUCCUCCGCGAGCCGCGCGUACAUCGUCUACGCUGUUGUGAAUAGCGUUAGCUAACCGAUAACCGGUACGAAUCGCACAAAUCACUGUCGCCGUAGUAGCAGCAGCAGCUACAACCGCCGCCGCCGUGCGCGCUUCGCGAGAGAACCUUGUCCGGUGGGCACGUAUUGUCCCCGGAAAAUCGAAAUCUCGAAAUUCGGAAACGGACCGAUUUCCCGGAAAGUCGGGAUACCGGAAUCCGAAUACCGAGACUAUCUUCCGAAAUACAGUAUUUCCGAAGUAUCGGAAGCAUACCCAUUUUUUCGAAAGGGUAUAAUACCGAAAUGUGAAUACCGAUCGCGAGACAAUUUUAUUAUUAUUUUUUUCUCCCCGUUCUUUUUGUAGUUGUCCUCCUUUUUCUUCUUACCUUAACGUAGUGUCUUUGAAGAAUCGUAUAAUUAAUUACUUGAUUAUGUUUGAUAUG